CGUCCACAUUCUCUAGACUACUAUACGUACGACGAAUUGAAAGAUGGAUGGCCGUCUCCGAUUACACUUCGUGAGGGACGAUGGUGAAGUGGUGAAGCUGCCGCCCGGAUUCCGGUUUCAGCCGACGGAGCAAGAGAUCGUGUUUCAGUAUUUGCAACGUAAAAUCUUCUCCUUGUCGCUACCGGCUUCUGUCAUUCCCGAAUUGCCCAACAUCUGUAGAUAUAACCCCUGGAAUCUGCCAGGAGAUAUGGAGCAAGAAGACAGGUAUUUCUUCAGCAGCAAGGAAGCUACAAAGUACCCAAAUGGGAACCAGACUAGCAGAGUGAGUUCCAAUGGAUAUUGGAAGCCAAGUAGUAGUGAAGAGAAGCAUAUUACAUGUCCUGGUAAGAGUAGUAGUUCAAUCCCAAUGAUUAUGGGGAUGAAGAAGACAUUAGUGUUUUACUAUGGAAAGCCUCCACAUGGCUCCAAAACCAAUUGGAUUAUGCAUCAGUAUCGCCUCGUUGCCAUUUCCCCCGCCGGAAACCCACCGCUUCCGCCCUACUUCCGCCACGCCAUGAAGAAAGAUCAUUCCCAGGGUUCCUUAAUGCAGCAGAUUGGAAAUCUGGUAAUAUGCCAUGUAUUUCAAAAGAAAAGAGUCAACGGCAAAGCAGGAGGGGAAAGUGCAGAAGUUUGUGAGGAUAACAUUAACAGUAGCAUUGAUGAGGAUGAGAAUGUUAACCGCUACAACUUGAUGAUGAGAGAUGGGUUGAGUAGUAGUAGCUGUAGUGAAGAUGGAGAUUCUUGUGUUUCUUCAUGUUCAUCAAGUAGGGUUCUUAAUGAUGAGGUUUCUUCAAGUUAUUCUUGUGGAACAUUAGGGUAUGGUAACCAUCAAGAUGCAAGUUACAUAUAGCCAAUUGAUUUAAUUUGAUUGAUGUUGCAAA